ACUGGGAGACACACACUCGGACACAUUAAUGCAUUCACACAGCACCGUGAAACGCGCACACACAAGCGCGUGCUUCUGCCCACUGCCAUACAGACCAGAGCUGGCACCAUAGUGCUGGCAGCCCAUCUCUCCGCUCUUCUGCUUAACUGUCCUUGGCCCAGUUGGUACUGUCAUCCUGAGCUUCUCUGUGGAUCACAUUGAACCAGCACUACCAGCAACUUUACAGCAUCCAACACCAGUGCAGUGCCUUGACCUGCAGUGUUCAACCUGCAGAGAACUUGGAGAAGAACAAUUUUCCAGGUCCAGUUGAAUCACGCUUCAUCCAUUGGUGAGGGCAUAGUGGAGGAAAGGCCUGAGGAUUCCUGCUAAUGUUGAAGGACUUGCUAAGUUUGUCAGUUGUUGGUUCCUCUCCAAACAGUUUUUCAGACUUUGCGAAGCGGCCAUUGCUUGACGAAUAACAAAUCAGCUAGCAAAUAGCAGUGCAGGUGCCUAAGACAAAAAGUCACCAUGGCAACAACGGGUAUGCAGCUCCUAGGCUUGAUCCUGUCCAUCAUUGGCUGGGUGGCCGGCUUCCUGGUGUGCGCCCUGCCCAUGUGGCGCGUCACCGCCUUCAUUGGCAACAACAUUGUGACAGCGCAGAUCACAUGGGAGGGGCUAUGGAUGAACUGCAUUGUCCAGAGCACAGGAGAAAUCCAAUGUAAAGUCUAUGACAGCCUGCUGGCCUUGCCCAGUGAUAUGCAGGCCGCCCGAGGCCUUACGGUGCUCUCGCUUCUCCUCUGCACCCUAGCGCUAACCCUGGGGAUCCUGGGUGUCAAGUGCACUAAGUGCGUGGGUCAUCAGAGCCCGAAGGCGCGGCUGGCACGUGUGUCUGGCAUCAUUUUCGCAGUUGCGGGUUUCCUCUACCUCAUCCCCGUGUGCUGGACGGCCCACUCCAUCAUCAGGGAUUUCUAUGACCCCUAUGUGGCUGCUCCACACAAGCGUGAGCUGGGCCCCGCUCUCUACCUGGGCUGGGGAGGCUCAGCCCUGCUGCUGAUUGGUGGAUCUCUGCUUUAUGCCGGCUCAAGCCCCCCAGGGAUACCCUCUUCGCCCACCUUCAGCAGCGGAGAAAGCAGCCCCCGUAGGGCUGGAGGACCCACGCAGGUCAAAGGUUAUGUUUAACAGCCCAUCAAGCCAACAGAAAUCCCCUCUGCUAGUUUUCCCCAUUGUUAUAGAUUCGGGUUAAUUUUAACAGAUUUUUUUACUAUACAGUGUUACUGUCUGAUGGAAGAGAAAUGUGAAUUUACUUUGUUUUGCCUUCCUUUGCGUCCUCAUGUAACCCUGUCUCUAUAUUCUUUGUUCAUGUAUUAAACAAUAAAGAUGUCAGCUCUCCUACAAA